AUGCCUCUUCCUUUUAAGACACGCCCACAACUGUCAGAAAAUAAGCGACUGGCUCUGGUGCGGCUGAAGCAGCUGAAGGGAAAAUUUGAGAGAAAUCCCAGAUUCAAGGAUGACUACAUUAAGUUCAUGGACAGUGUGUUUAAAGAUGGGGAUGCAGAGAGAGCUGAGAACCAACCCAGGGCAGGAUACGUCUGGUUCCAUGUAAGCCCAGAGGACAGAGACUACUUGCGAUUCCUGUGGUGGGAAAACGGUGAUACAAAGGCAGAGCCAAAAGAAUAUCGAAUGCGGGUCCAUCUGUUUGGAACAGCAUCUUCUCCAGGCUGCGCAAAUUAUGGAAUGAAGUACCUUGCAAGCCAAAACGAGAAGGAUUAUCCCGCAGCAGCCAACUUCAUAAGGAAGAAUUUUUAUGUUGAUGACGGGUUGAUCAGUGUAGACUCUGUGGACACAGCCAUCAAACUAGUCAGAGAAGCGCAAAAUGUAUGUGCCAAAGGGACAUUACACCUCCACAAGUUCAUCUCAAACAACAGAGAAGUCUUGGAGUCUAUUCCUGACAGUGAACUAACUAGUGGAGUACAGGAUGUGGCUCUCAAUCAUGAGGAACUCCCAGUCCAGACUGUGUUGGGAGUGAAGUGGAGUGCGAACAUCGCCUCUGUAUUUGACCCGCUAGGCUUCCUGGGUCCUUUCCUUCUACUGGGAAAGAAAAUACUGCAGGAAAUGUGCCAAAAGGGCAUUGGAUGGGACGAACAAUUGCCUGCAGAAUUAAAGCCUCGAUGGGAUAAUUGGCUGAACGAUCUAGAGAAUCUGCAGAAACUUCAGAUUCCAAGAUGCUUUGUUCCUGAAAAUAUAGGGAAGGUACAGAGGAUUGAACUGCAUCACUUCUCGGAUGCGAGUAGCUAUGGGUACGGUCAGUGUUCAUAUAUCCGAGUGGUGACAGAAGACAAAGUGCAUUGCUCCUUAGUCAUAGGUAAAGCCAGGGUUGCACCCACCAAAGUUGUAACCAUACCUAGACUGGAGUUAACAGCUGCAGUGGUCUCUUCAGCAGUUGGCAGUAUGUUAAAGGAGGAGCUGGAGCUCAAGAUCGACCAAGAAUACUUUUGGACAGACUCACAGGUAGUCUUAGGCUACAUUAACAACGAGGCACGCAGGUUUCAUGUUUUCGUUGCCAAUCGAGUCCAACGAAUCAGAGAAACAACAGACCCGGCCCAGUGGUACUACAUUGACACUGACCAAAACCCGGCAGACCAUGCUUCCAGAGGGCUCAAGGUGGCAGAGUUGAUGAAUUCAUCGUGGCUCACUGGACCAAAAUUCCUGUGGGAAAGAGAAAUUGUCACCCAAAGGUCAACUCCACAGCUUAUGGUGGGAGAUCCAGAAGUCAAAGUGACACAAGCACUACAGACAAAAGUAGUUGAAGAGGACAAUUUUCUGGAAAGACUGGGGCGUUUCUCAAAAUGGCAUACAACAUUGAAUGUUGUUGCUCGAAUCCAGAAACUGGCAAAGAGAGCGAAAACAGCAGAGCCCAUAAGUGUAGAAGACAGAAGGAAAGCCAGGCUUGUACUUGUGAAGUUAGCUCAAAAGAAUGCCUUCAAAGAGGAAAUACAAAUGUUGAAUCAUGGUAAACUGCCACAAAACCAUCAGUUGUUCCAGCUUGAUCCAGUAAUGCAAGACGGUGUUCUCAGAGUGGGAGGACGAUUAAAGAAGGCCUGCUUACCUCAUGACUUGAAGCAUCCGGUAAUCUUACCAAGAGAUGGGGUGAUUACACCUCUGAUCAUAGGUUACUGCCAUGAAAAAAGUCAGCAUCAAGGCAGAGGACAGACUCUCAAUGAGCUCAGAGCACAUGGUUACUGGGUAGUGGGUGGCAGCAAAAUUGUGGCAAGUUACAUCAAACAAUGUGUCACAUGCAGGAGAGCUCGAAGACCAACAGAAACACAAAAGAUGGCAGAUUUACCUGCUAACCGUGUUGAUCCCUCACCACCAUUCUCCUUCUGUGGGAUGGAUUGUUUUGGGCCCUUUCUCACUAAGCAGGGUCGUAAAGAGCAUAAGAGGAGCGUCCUCAGCUGUGUCCUUUCCAAGAGUGCUGGAAGAUUAGAUGAUGCGUCUUUAAGGACAUUUUCUAUGAAGCGAUGUCAGUAG